AUGGAAAUCCGUGGUUCCAUGAUGGAUCCCUCGCUAUAUGAUAUCGUCGGUGACAUGGACGUUAUGGAACUACGCUCCAACUCUUUCCCCUUGCCAAAGCAAGGCCAGCUAAGUCUGGCUGGAGCGGAUUUUUGUGAGCGACGUUACUGCUCCCUCGCCCACUGUGACCCUCAUCCACCUGUCGCAGAUGAAAGCCGUGCGCAUUACGCAAACGGUGUGCCCUUGACGGAACACGGCGCAGUCGCUUAUUUACCUGGGACUCACACGGGAAGAUCCAAGCGCAAGCGGGUGAUUACAACGGGACAGAGACAUGCCGCCAACGUCAGGGAGCGCAAACGGAUGUUCAGCCUGAACGAGGCCUUUGACGAACUGAGGAAGAGGGUGCCCACUUUCGCAUAUGAGAAAAGACUCUCCCGGAUCGAAACCCUGCGCCUAGCUAUUGUGUACAUUUCGUUUAUGAUGGAUCUACUGAAAAAGCAGCCUUAUAUAAACCAGCCCUUUGAGCGUACCCAGCCCAGGACGACCCGCUGUGAUUGUGGAUCAGCCUAA